UGUAAGUGCGCGCGCAGCCCCACAGCCGGAUGACCGCGGGAAAAUUUCAAAAAAGUCAAAACAAAACAAAAAGCCAAUAAGAGGCCAAGCCAAGUUUUCAAGCCACAAAGCCCGGGCAGUGGCUUCCUUCCCGCCACAGCCCGAACUGCUGAAGCAGCUUUGGCGAGGACCACCGGGUAAGAGAGGCCGCAGAACGAAGGGAAGACGGCUGCUUCUCUCAGGCAUCUGGCCUGUGUGUCAGCUCGGGUGCUGGAGGUACAGGAUUUGAUGUGCGCUCCCCAUUUCCUUCAGUACUUGGCAGCCUACUGUGCAAGGACAUCACCUUUUCCCUUUUUUCAAGAUGGAUCAAGAUUUUGUAGGCCUUGCUUCUGACUGUCAGUAUUGGCUGCAGAAGCUUUCUGCAUGGGACCAGUCUUCUACUUUGGAAACCCAGAAGGACACCUGUCUGUACCUGCCUCAGUUCCAGGAGUUCCUGAGGCAGAUGUAUGAAGCCUUGAAGGAGAUGGAUUCUAAUACAGUCAUGGAAAGAUUCCCCACAAUUGGUCAACUGUUGGCAAAAACUUGUUCAAAUCAAUUUAUAUUAGCAUAUGAUGAAAGCCAAAAAUUUCUGAUAUGGUGCUUAUGUUGCCUGAUUAACAAAGAACCACAGAAUUCUGGAGACUCAAAACUUAACUCCUGGAUAUGGGGCUUGUUGUCUCAUAUACUUUCUACAUUCAGAUUUGAUAUAAAAGAAAUUGGUCUUUUCAGUCAAGGUCUUGGAUAUGAGCCUGUAGAUUACUACCCUGCUUUGCUUAAAAAUGUGGUUUUAUCAUUAGUGUCCAAACUGAGAGAGAGUCAUCUUAAUGGAUUUAACACUCAAAGGCGGAUGGCUCCCGAACGAGUGGCCUCCUUGUCACAGGUUUGUGUCCCGCUUGUUACGCUGCCUGAUUUUGAACCCCUGGUGGAGGGCAUGCUCACCUACCAUGGACAUGAACCUCAGGAAGUCCUCUGUCCUGCAUUCUUUGAAGCUGUAAAUGAGGCCUUUUUGCUGAAGAAGAUUUCUCUCCCCACACCAGCUGUAGUCAGCCUCUGGCUUCGGCAUUUUCCCAGCCUUGAAAAAGCAAUGCUACAUCUUUUUGCAAAGCUGAUCUCUCGUGAGAGAAAUAGUCUGAGAAGAAUCGAAUGCUUUAUAAAAGAUUCAUUGCUGCCUCAAGCAGCCUGCCACCCUGCCAUAUUCAGAGUUGUUGAUGAAAUGUUCAGGUGUGCACUCCUAGAAACUGAUGGAGCCCCAGAAGUACUAGCUGCUACUCAAGUGUUUACACACUGCUUUGUAGAGGCUCUGGAAAAAGAAAACAAGCAGCUGAGGUUUGCAUUCAAGACCUACUUUCCUUACACCUCUCCGUCCCUUGCCACUGUGCUGCUGCAACACCCUAAAGACACCCCACAGGAAUGCCGCCUCCAGCUUCUGCAGCGUAUUUCCCAGAUGCUCCGAGAAGCCGUGGAAGACCAGGCUUGUGGGUCCUGUGUAGACCCCUUUGAGAGCUGGUUUUUGUUCAUUCACUUUGGAAGCUGGGCUGAUAUGGCGGCUGAGCAGUUACUGAGGUCAGAAACAGAAGCCCCUGUGGCAGCACUGCUGUGGCUCUUGGCAUUCUACUACAGGCCUCUGGACUCGAGUCAGCAGAGAGCACAGACCAUGGCAAAGGUGGAAGCAGUGCUCAGCCGCCUCCAACUUCUGAUGCUGUCCAGAAGCACUCCCCUCUCUGCUAAGGAGCUGCAGGCAGCCACUGGAGAGGGCAGCAACGCAGACCCCACACAGUCUGUGUGUGGACAGCUGAUCAGGCACCUGUUUCUGAACUUCCUGCUCUGGACUCCAGGAGGCCGUACAAUUGCCCGAGAAGCCAUCACCCUGAUGGCCUGCACUGAUGAGAUAACUUACGAGAUUAUUGGCUUUCUUGACCAGACCUUAUACAGAUGGGAUUAUCUUUGCAGUGAAGCCCCUAGGUCAGCAAAACUGGCCAGAGAGCUCCUUCAAGAGCUGCAAGCUCAGGUCUAGCAAGGCAUGCAGACCAUGUGGAUGCUUGGGGGAAUGGAAGCAUCAGACUUGCCAAAGCCAUGGGUUUGUGGACUAAGUCCUUUGAGCUAUGAGAUGAGCUGUACACAUCUUGGGCUUGGGCCAUGGACAGGGUUGGGAUGAUUUGGUGGUCUGUAUUGUACAAAAUGAGAAGCCAUGUGCCUUAGCCUGGACUUAAACCUACUCAUUAGUGAUUGCUGUUCCUUGGGCAUUCUCUUAACCCACCCAGCCCAGGAUAUACAGGGCAGAGUUACUUGAGAAGGAGGAUGGAUUCUACUUCUUUUGACACAUACCAAGCCAAAAUACAUGAUUAUUACUUGAAGGAUUUGGACCAAGAAAUUGGUCUCGAGCCGCCAGUCAAUUUAGCCCUUUUCCACAAGUUAUUUUUUAGGAAAUCAGGUGGAUAUAACAUAUUUCUUUUCAUCCUUUGAGACCUAAGACAAAGACACUGUCUUGCUUCCCUAAGAAAUUCUUCAUCCAGGAGUCAGGAUCCCUCAGGUUUUCUGCCCAGCCAGAGAGGAAGGAGUAGCAAGUGGGGGGUGAUAGGACACUGGGGUAUAUUACAGGGCAGCUCUGCUGAGGAGAACAGCACCACAUGUGAAAGAAAGCCAGUCCUGGCUCUGAUGCCCUGCUUUGUUUACUGACUACUGCCACCAAGGAGCUCUCGUCAUAGCCAAGACUGUUGCCAGGUGACACCCCUGGACCAGUUAGAACCAGCAGGAAGAGCUGGUGUAUGGGUUGUGUGGUUAAAUGGUAAGGGGAAUUGGAAAUUCCUAAGAAAAAAAUGGAAUCCCAAGGUUAAUGUUCAUUCACAUCAGCUAAAGAUUUUUUUUUUCUUUCAGAUUCAUUCUUAUCAUGUAUUGAUCAUAUACUCUAUCAUGUAUAUUUGUCAAAUGAGCCAGGACCUUUUCUGUGCAUUUGGAUUUCUGUAUUAGGAGUCUCUGAAUCUUGGUUCCUCCCAAGAUAUAUCAUGUACAGAUACAAACACCCAAUGAUAAAUGUAAACAAAUUGUAUACCUAAAAUGUACCAAUAAAAGAACUAAAAAAAAAAAUCUUGGUUCCUCUUUAAGGAAUAAGUAAUAUUUUGUGGGAAUAGAUGGCAAUGCUAAUGGAUCCACCAAAGAUCUGGAAAAUGCCAAGUACUUUUGACCUGAGCCUUCCUUCUGAGAAACUGUCCAGUUGCCAUCACGGCCACUUUCCCAAGAAGCACUUCCUCAGUACCUAUGGCUGCAGAUGGGCUUGUGCCUCCCUUGAGCUCAGUGCACCUCUCCUAGGGUCAGUGUGAACUGGAGCCUGUUACUGCCAUGGAAACUGAUCAAGCCCUAUGGACAUUACAAAAAAAGCUUAAUUUGGUGGUACCAAGUAAGCCCUAAAAAGCAGAGCUACCAGGAGCAAGCCCUCCCAGGGGGGAUGGGAUCCACAGGAAAGUCCAAGCACUGUAAUAUCUUCACACUCACCAGAGUUCCCUUCUCUACCCAUCCCUGCUUUGACAGCAAACAUUGAAAGCAAGGCAGUCAUCUCAGACUGUUCAGCUACCUUUUGAAACAUUUCUUCUUGUUCUAUACUUCAC